CUUUUGACACCUUUUUAUAAUUUGAUCCGCUUUCUCUUACCAUCCUUGCUCUAUUUAGGUGUCAAUUGGAAUCUAUCAACAGAUGCGUACUCGAGUUGCUGUUUUGGCCAUCUUUGGCUCGUCGUUCUUGGUCGACCAAGGCAUAGCACCCAUGCAACCUGCGGCAUCCGCGCUCGAAAAUCUAGGUGAUGCCAACAAAUUAGGGCCGACAAGCACAAACAUUCCCCGGGCAGGAAUCGAUCAGCAAUUCAAGGCAUGGGAGGUUAAAGACGCUCCUGACAUCGCUUCGACCACGUUGCCUACCGAAACCUCUCCGACUGAGACAUUGAGGAACGAUGCCGCCGAGCCAGGAGGGGCUAACUCUGCUUCUCAAGAGAGUAAAACUUCUAGGCCACAGGCGCCUUCCCAGGUUAAUCAAGAUUUGAAAGUUGCUCAACAAAUCUUGAAGGGAUACGAUGACCAUUUGAAAAGAUUACGGUUACGCCAGCCCAUCUUACAAAGCGGCUCAGGAUCGGAGUUGUUUUGGAGAACCAAAGGCACACCCCGCGACCGGAAACUGCAGAAGGCGGUUUUGCUCAUUCUGAAAAAGCAGCCUAAAUGGCUGCUGGACUGGGCAUCGAAGAUGGCAGAAAAGAACGAGAUGAAAUUCGGAGGCGAACUGUUAGCUCAUUAUCCGACUGGCGAAUUACAAGAUGCAGCCACUCUCAUUUAUACACACUAUCCAGGAUUACUGAGCGCGGAAAAACGAGCUGACUUUAAAGCAAGCUUACCGCGGUUAAAAUACGAUUCACUCCAAAAAAAGAGAGCUUGGACCGCCGCCAAACUGAUCUUGAAGGACCAACAAGACCAGAUCAAAAUCACCAAGAAAGCUCCUCAAUCCAAAUUAUCGAAGAUUUGGAAUUAUUACAAAGGGAAGUUCACGACCUGGAGACUACGGAGGGCAAUCGCGGUCAUCUUAAGAAAGAAGCCAGACUUGUUGGAUGAGAGGCCAAGGAAUACAGCAUUCAACCUUGGAGUAGAUCUUGAUCAGGGGGAGGAGAAAAUUUCAGAGGCCACUUCGGAAUUAAAAAAUGCAGCUGAUCUCAUUUACAAAAAGCAUCCAACAUUGCUUAGCAAGCAUAAAAUCACGGAGAAACAAAAGGAAUACAACAUGCGAAAAGCGCAUCAAGGCUAGAGAAAGACAAAGAAUUCAACCAUGGGUACUGGACUGAAUACAUUAGCUCAAAUGUUUAAAGUUCACUCUUGAUUGAACCCAUUUUUUCCUUCUGUCUUCUACCAUGCAUACUGCUCUCAAUCUUCUCCCACAAAUCAACCCCUUGAAACUGGGUUAUAAGAACCAACCAAGCUAAAAUCUAAAAAAAGAAAACAAUCACAUAUGU